AUGGGCUUACCAGCCUACCUAUUGUCUCAAGUUCAGUUGAGAAAGCCGCCUGCUCCUUGCAGCCAUCUGGCUGAGUGUUCUUUGCGCUCGACAGCGCCAGACGCCAUGUGGGCGCCUCGCCCUCUGCUGGCCCAUGUCGCCGUACUCGCACUUUGCAUUCUAGAGGCAGAGUCGAUACUCGGCGGCUGUCCGACCUUGCCGAAGAGCCCAUACAUUGAGCAGGCAUCACCCUUCGGCUGGCCAUUGUCACCCAACAACUGGACCUUUGCCGAGCAGAGGGAUUGGCACGACAGGUUUCUCGCCUGUGCCGGCGAGCGCCAGUCUCCGGUAAACGUGCUAACCACCGGACCGUGUGUCCACAGUGGCGGGCAGGAUGGACAGCUGGAGGGAAGGGCGAUGUACACCGUGGCUGGUGGGACCCCGCAGGUCACCGUGAGCCCGUACAUGCGGUCCGUGAUGUUGGAGGCCGACUUUGGCUCCAUCAUGCUGCAGGACGACACCGGGCGGGACGUUGAGUAUACGGCACACCAGAUCCACCUCUCCGCGGACAGCUGGCAUACGCUGAAUGGUGCGCCCGCAGCGGCGGAGCUCCUGAUCCUUCACAAGCCGAAGGAGGCCAGCGACAUGAUCAAGGGCGGCGUGAUUGUGAGCGUGAUGUUUGAGCAUGACGACGCUGCGGACAGCCCGCUCUUCGAGCACCUGGGCAUGCCAAAGGAGGGCCCGGAAAUGGAAGCGCUGGGCUCCUGGCAGCUGCCUCACUACGUGAACCUCCUGGACAACCUCCAGGACGUGCUGAAAGGUGCAACCUACCAGUACGAGGGUUCUGUACCAGUGCCACCCUGCACUGAGAACAUCAAGUACCUAGUCAUGGGCCAGGCUUUGAAAGUCAGCCCACUUCAGACGGCGAAGCUGAAAGACGUCCUCCAGUGCCUGGCUGGGGGCUACAAGAAGCGCAGCCCUAUGCCAAAUGGGCCCGGCAUGUGCCGCGACAUCACCAAGAACAGCCUCAAGGUGAAGCCAGGACACCACAGCGCAGCGACCUGCCAGGCCGCCUGGAGGAACGAGACCUGGUACCGCUUGGCCGACUGCUGGGACUCUCAGAUGACAGGUGAGGAGAAGGCGAUCUGCUCCAAGUCUCCCAUCAACCUGGUUCCAGAGAUGGCUGGCUCUACGGAAGGAGGCUCGCUGACCUUCAACAUGGCCCCAGUCAAGUCCGUGACUGUGACGCCAAGCAACUACACCCUGGAUGCUCUGCCAAAUGUGUUUGCAGUGCCGGGCGCCAUCACGAACUUUGGGAGCAUGGUGGUCAACGGCCGAAGUUUCCUCAUGCACAAGAUCUCCGUGAAGCCGAUCUCCUCACAUAAGUACAACGGCAAGCACUAUGCUGCGGAGCUCCAGGUGGAAGGCAUCAUGGAUGGUGAUGGCUUCAACAAGCUUGCCGAGCUUUCUGGGGUGCACGCAGGAGGAGAUGGUGGACACAGUGGCGGAGAUCAUGGAGGUGAAAGCCAUGGCUCAGACGCUGGACACAGUGCCGGUGGUCACAGUUCUGGCGACAGCCACGACAGCCACGAUUCUGGCAGCCACAGCUCCGGUGACCACGCUGAUGCUGGCCACUCCGACGGCCACAGCACCGACGGCAGUUUCAGCACAGACAUCGGUCAUGGCACCGUCGACCACCACGAUGACCACGAUGCUGGAGCUCACGAUGCUCACGGUGGGCAUCGGCGCCUGCAGGCAGCCGUAGAGGUCUUCCACCGCGUCAUCUUGAGCGUUCCUAUCGAGAUCGGCACUGAAAAUUCGCUCCUACGUGAAUUGGGCCUGCCUUUCGAUGCGUACAAGGACUCGAUCAGUGCCAUGCACCCAUACCAGAUCGAGAACACUGUGAACCUCCGAAGCGCUCUCUCGAAGGCAUUGGACGGGCCAUGGAUGUGGUACAGAGGCGGCAUGGUGACCCCAGGCUGCCCCGACUGGGGAGUCAGAUGGCUGAUGCUGCAGACCCCUCUGCAAGCAAGCUUUCUGCAGCUGAACUUCUUGGACAUGAAGGUGUCAGGCAUGGACUCCACGCGGGUGUUCCCCGUGGAGAUGGAUGAGGCGACAUACAAGACCACCGUGUUCAAGCAGAGCUUGCCAAUGAUGGCGGUAGACAAGCACAGCACCUGCGACGAACACGAGGAGUGGAACUACGACAACCCAAGCUGCUGGGCUCAGAAGCACCCGAUUUGCGCCCAGGGGGCGCUGCAAUCGCCGAUUCACAUCGAGAGGCCGACGGUGACAACGAAGGGCAAGGACAACUUCCUCAACAAGUGCAGCUGGCGUCCGGUGACCGGCUUGCAUGUCGUGAAUUUUGGAAAGGGCCUCGCCAUUCCGACCAACCAGAUGGGCUACAUCACGCUGACCGGCGAGGAUGGCUUUCCCGACUUCUUCGAGGUUGUGCAGUUGCAGCUGCACAUGCCCUCGGAGCACAUGAUUGAUGGCAAGAGCUUUGCUGCCGAGCUUCAGGUCGUGCACAGGCCGGGUGGGUUCAGGGCCCAUCUCGACGCACCACUUCCUGCAACGCAGCAGCAGCAGCAGCAGCAGCAGCAGCAGCAGCAGCAGCAGCAGCAGCAGCAGCAGGGACAAACUUUGCCGGCGACGGUGACGCAAGGAGUCAACAGCGCGGAGUCUUUCCCCUUUGUCCCUUGGCGGAGUUCGGUCCCAGGUUCUAGGAUAUACGUCUCGCAAGGAGCUUUGGAGAUCUUGGUCAAUGGAUGGGCCCAGACCACGGCGUUCGUGCUGUUGGCCCAGCGAUACAUCGGAAUCGUGUAUCGUCUCCCAUCCAUACUUGGAGAACCAUGCUGA